GACUUUGCGAAUCCCUGUAUAGUAACGCACUUGGGGUUGGCCCUAGGAUAUGGCUUUGGUCGGCCUGCGGGCGGCUUUGGAGAGCCUGCUCGGGCCUGCAAGAGCUGGCAGGUUCACCGACGCAGACCUGCGCCUGCUAUUGGAGGGUGGCUACGCUACGCUGGAUGACCUGAAGGAUGCCAGCUAUACAGGCCUCCAGCAAGCCGGGCUCAAACCCGCGAGGGCGGACCAAAUUAUCCACGCGCAAGGUGAGCUCCUCUUGUAUGCUGUCGGGCAUACCGAGCUAGUUCCUAGGGUGGGCGGGAUGCUGCCCUGCGGCUGCCGCGAUGCGCGCAGCUUCCGGGGUGUACAUGGGCUGUUUUAGGCGGAGAAAGGCUUUGCCCGCACGUAGCGUAAAAUAAGUUUUGAAGCGGGGCUAAGGAAGGAGGGACGCCCACGGUUGUGAGAGGCGGGGGAAGGGGACAAGUGCGGACGAAGGCCUGGGGUCAAGGCGUGUCGAACCCCAUCGCUAGGCAAGGGCUGAAGGUAGUAAGCGUGUGGCCUCGGUGGGCUAUUUGUUAAGUUCCGUUUGGUGUAGAAUCGUGUCAGUAGGCAGUGAGAGGCUCGUUAGUGCACGGCACGCUAGUUUUGUGUUUCCCGCCCACCCACCCCUCGUUCUCCUGACCACAGUGUUAUGUUGAAGGCUGACAGUGGGGGCACUGAUGGCGACGCUAUUAUAGUUUGACUUGUCUGGUUUGCCAGAGGACGUGUCCGGGGGGUAGUUUCUGCCCGGCGCAAGGUAGGCGCGGCGGGGCAGACCUGGUUUAGAAGGGCGGCGUUCGGUGGGCGCCGCCGGGCCGGCCGUGGGGAGAUGGAUCCCGAAUCCUCAUCCGCACGGGUACGGCCCGCAAUCCCCCAUAUCUGUUUUGCUACUCCCUGGACAUAGCAUGAGUAGGUUUGCGAACGGACGCCGAAGGCGGUAACUUUGCUGAGAGAGACAGCACCGAGUGCAAGACGAUGCGGUGUAAUUGUGUGGGUGUGUUACAUGGGCUCCGACUCUCCGCAGCCCAUCAGCUCAAAAUGUUCGUUACUAGGAAAUGCCCCUGGAGAACGCACCAUGGGCAUUGCAUGGCGACUUGGUCUGAGUAUAACAAGGGGUGUCAGCUUUGUACAGCUGGAAAAUGGGCUGAGCCCCAUGUAGCGCAAGGGGAUGUGACGAUGGGCACCGGCGACAUGAACAGCACCCUUGCAAGCCCAUCCAGCGGGACUGGCCACUAUGCCAACGCCGUGCCGAGGCACCGACAUGCCCUGUCCCCGCCACGCCACGCCACCUUACCCACGCCACUUCACGGUCCAUGAUAUCCCAAAUGCACCUCACCCACAUCCCACUCAAGCACCGCAAACGGCUAGCCGGGCUCGGGCGCGGGAUCCCGGGCCGCGACACAUGUAAGGCUCGGGGACGCAUGGUUUGGCUGUUGCAAACAAUUUCGACAUUCUUGCCCCAAGACGCUUGUCGUCGACAUGUUUUGAUACAUGGAUGUAAGAUAUUUAGGGG